AUGGCCGACUGCCUUUACAAAACAACUGUAUUUACCCCCUGCAAGUUCCAGUCUGCCUGCAGGUGGGAUAGGAACCGUGAUUACCGCUGGGACUCAGCACUUGACAAAUGGACUUCAGUGGUCAGUGAGCCAGGAGAGGAAUCUGAAAGACGGCUAGAUGGACUUCAGUGGAGCAGUGAGCCAGGAGAGGAAUCUGAAGGACGGCUAGAUGGACUUCAGUGGAGCAGUGUGCCAGGAGAGGAAUCUGAAGGACGGCUAGAUGGACUUCAGUGGAGCAGUGAGCCAGGAGAGGAAUCUGAAGGAUGGCUAGAUGGACUUCAGUGGAGUAGUGAGUCAGGAGAGGUUUCUGAAGGAUCACUAGAUGAACUUCAGUGGAGCAGUGAGCCAGGAGAGGAAUCUGAAGGACUGCUAGAUGGACUUCAGUGGAGCAGUGAGCCAGGAAAGGAAUCUGAAGGACUGCUGGAUGAAGUUCAGUGGAGCAGUGAGCCAGGAAAGGAAUCUGAAGGACUGCUAGAUGGACUUCAGUGGAGCAGUGAGCCAGGAGAGGAAUCUGAAGGACCACUAGAUGGACUUCAGUGGAGCAGUGAGCCAGGAGAGGAAUCUGAAGGACUGCUAGAUGGACUUCAGUGGAGCAGUGAGCCAGGAGAGGAAUCUGAAGGACCACUAGAUGGACUUCAGUGGAGCAGUGAGCCAGGAGAGGAAUCUGAAGGACUGCUAGAUGGACUUCAGUGGAGCAGUGAGCCAGGAGAGGAAUCUGAAGGACCACUAGAUGGACUUCAGUGGAGCAGUGAGCCAGGAGAGGAAUCUGAAGGACUGCUAGAUGGACUUCAGUGGAGCAGUGAGCCAGGAGAGGAAUCUGAAGGACCACUAGAUGGACUUCAGUGGAGCAGUGAGCCAGGAGAGGAAUCUGAAGGACCACUAGAUGGACUUCAGUGGAUCAUAGUGAACCAAGAGGAGAAUCUGAAGGACAUCCAGGUGCAGUUUUGUGAAACACAGUGA